UCAUAAUGAACACGAGCUAAAUUGAAAAUAUUGGAAGGUAUUUUAUCAGUCAGUGAAUGACAGACACAAUGUAUAUCUUCUCAUUUAUUCUGUUCUUUCUUGUGAUAAAAUGCCACGGAGUGGAAAACUAUUUCAAGGUAUUAGGGAUAACUAGAAAAGCUACCAAACAUGAAAUUAAGUCAGCAUACAGAUCUAUAUCAAAAAGAAUACAUCCAGACAAAAACCAGUGCGAUAUGUUUGCCGCUGAGAAAUUUAUCAAUUUAACUAAAGCAUACAAGACUCUUGUAGACCGCAGAAGACGAAGCAUUUACGAAACAUUAAACCCAGAUUUUGGACAUCAAAAGGAAGAAUAUGAAUGGAAUAUACCUGUAUGUACAAAAGGAAAACUGGAUAUGAUAUUAGAAAGUAUAAGAGAAUUGUUACCGGAUUAUGUAAAUGAGUCAUUGCAUAUUUUUAAUGACUGGCUUAGGUUGAAAUUGAGAAAUGUUAUUGCAAUACUUGACUCCACAGAUAUGAAACUAAUACAAAGUUUUCUCUACAAAAAGCUUACAAUGACUUUUAACUCAGUACACGUAUGGCUUACAUCCCUCAAAUCUACAGUCGAAAAAUCAAUGCUUGAUAUUAAAAGAGGUCGUUAUGAUGUUUUUCCUGAUUGGUUACGGAACGUGCUGAUCGAGAAUGAAGAUAUCUUAAAUCUCAAUCAAUUGAUUGGGCUGCUGCUGUACAUGACAUCAAACUUUUUAAGCAGGUAAAUUAAAAAAA